GGUAGUUGUUGCGUUGCCGGUUUUACGGUGAUUUGUCUCUGAAAAGAACCUGAAAGUCGAAAAAUGGAGGCGAAAAAACGCGUAGAAUUGAACACUUUUAAGUUGAUUUUUGAGUAUUAUCGCAAUAACUCGAGAAAUUUUAAAUAAUAAUCGUGGAAAUUGAGAGAAAGAGAGAAAUGGAAGAGAAUUCUUCGUACCUCGAUCAGAGGUUUUCUUACGAUUACGUCAACGUUUCAAGAAAGAACGAAUCCUCAUCACUAACAGGAUUAGUUCUUAAUUUCCAAGAUAUAGAUCAGUAUUUUAACAGUUUGAAUUUUACCGGAAAUGAGUCAGAUGUUUUCGGUAAUCUACAAGUAUCAUCGAAUUGUAGUAAUAAUGUUACAAAUCAAACGGGGUGUUUUGAAGAAAAUCCUUCUUUGGAGGCAUCUUAUAACUAUUGGGCGUUAAUACUAGUGUUAUUUCCGAUAUUUACAUUGUACGGGAACGUUUUAGUUAUACUUAGUGUGUACAGAGAACGAACACUUCAAACUGUGACCAAUUACUUUAUCGUCAGUUUAGCUUUGGCAGAUCUACUCGUUGCAGUUGUGGUGAUGCCAUUCGCCGUUUACGUAUUGGUUCACGGAACUUGGGGUCUGCCGGGAUUCGUUUGCGAUUUCUACAUCGCCAUGGACGUUACCUGUUCCACUUCGUCAAUUUUUAAUUUGGUUGCAAUAUCGAUAGAUAG